GGCGCGGCGGUGGAAUCUGAGGAGGUUUGGGGCGGCGGCGCUCCGGGACUGAAGGGCUCUGGCCAAACGGGGCCCGCGGCCAAACGGUGCCCUCGGCGCCUGAGCUGAGUGAGGCUGAGGCCCGGAGGCCGUGCCCGGAGUAAGGCAAAAGAGAAUGAAAGACGUAGAUAACCUCAAAAGUAUAAAAGAAGAAUGGGUUUGUGAGGCAGGAUCUGAUAAUCAACCUCUUGGUAAUAAUCAACAAUCAAAUUGUGAAUAUUUUGUUGAUAGCCUUUUUGAGGAAGCUCAAAAGGUUGGUUCCAAAUGCGUGUCUUCCACUGAACAAAAGAAACAGGUAGAUGUAAAUAUAAAAUUAUGGAAAAAUGGAUUCACUGUCAAUGAUGAUUUCAGAAGUUAUUCUGAUGGUGCAAGUCAACAGUUUUUGAACUCCAUCAAAAAGGGGGAAUUACCUUCAGAAUUACAGAGAAUUUUUGAUAAAGAAGAGGUGGAUGUUAAAGUUGAAGACAAGAAAAAUGAAGUAUGUAUGUCUACAAAGCCUGUGUUCCAGCCCUUUUCAGGACAGGGUCACAGACUAGGAAGUGCCACACCAAAAAUUGUUUCUAAAGCAAAGAGUAUUGAAGUUGAAAAUAAAAAUAAUUUGUCUGCUGUUCUGCUGAACAACUUGGAACCUGUUACUAAUAUACAGAUCUGGUUAGCCAACGGGAAAAGGAUUGUCCAGAAAUUUAACGUCUCUCAUAGAGUAAGCCAUAUCAAAGACUUCAUUGAAAAAUACCAAGGAUCUCAAAGAAGUCCUCCAUUUUUCCUGGCAACAGCUCUUCCUGUCCUCAGAUUGCUAGAUGAGACACUCACACUGGAAGAAGCAGACUUACAGAAUGCUGUCAUCAUUCAGAGACUCCAAAAAACUGCUGCACCUUUUAGAGAACUUUCAGAACAUUGAUUUUUGAUAGACUAAGUGGAGAAUUUGUGGAGAAAUGAUGGUUGUAAGUAGACAUGCAAACCAAAAUUGGGGACUGGAGAAGUCAGACUCACUAGACUUUUGAUUCGAGUACUAUUAAACUCUCUCCUGUUGAGAUGUUAGAGAAGUACAAGUUAGGAAAGUAGCAUAUGACUGGAAAAUAUAUUCAGUGCACUUUUUCCAAAAGGCUACUCAGAAAAAUAUACUUAUUUUCAAAUACCAAUUAUCAAGAUAUAUUAAAUAGCCGUAUUAUUCAGAAUCUUAAUAUGGUAUAAAUUAGCAAGUGUGUUUACAAUAUUAUUCAAACAUCAUUCCCAAACAGUAGGGAUUUAUUUAAAUGUUAGCUGUCUCAGAGUUUUUAAAUAGCUAAUAUGGCCAGGCACAGUGGCUCACACCUAUAAUUCUAGCACUUUGGGAGGCCAAGGCAGGCAGAUCAUGAGAUAAACCAUCAAAACCAUCCUGGCCAACAUGGUGAAACCCCGUCUCUACCAAAAAUACAAAAAGUAGCUGGGCAUGGUGGCACACGCCUGUAAUCCCAGCUACUCGGGAGGCUAACGCAGGAAAAUUGCUUGAAGCCAGGAGGUGGAGAUUAACGGAGUGAGUCGAGAUCUGCCACUGCACUCCAUCCUGGCAACAGAGCAAGACUCCAUCUCAAAACAAUGAAAAUUCAGAAAUUUAAAAUUAAAAUAAAAAAUAAAUAGCUAAAACAUUGAAAAAUUAUACAUGGCAGGUUAAAAGUAUCAAUGUAAUUAUUUUGCUGCUUAGGUGCAAAGCUGGAGACACCUGUUUUUACCACAGCUAUGGCUAAACAUCUAAGUGUCUUUGGUUUUUAUUCUGUAAUGGCAACAUAUACUCAAAUAUUAAUUUGGCAACAAUAUCAAAGAUAUAUUUUCUUUUAAGAAAUAAAUUAUGGGCUGAGCACAGUGGCUCACAUCUGUAAUCCAAACACUACAGGACGCCAAAGUGGGCAGCUCACCUGAGGUCAGAAGUUCAAGACCAGCCUGACCAACAUGGUGAAACCCCAUCUCUACUAAACGUACUUUAAAAAUUAGCCAGGCAUGGUGGUGUGUGUCUGUAAGCCCAGCUACUCAGGAGCUGAGGCAGGAAAAUUGCUUGAACCCGGGAGACAGAGGUUGCAGUGAGCCGAGAUUGCACCACUGCACUCCAGCCUGGGAGACAAGAGUGAAAUUCCAUCUCAAAAAAAGAAAAAAAAUAAAAUUGUGUCUGAGCCCGAUGGAUCAUCCCAACACUUUGAGAGGCCAGGAUGGGAGUAUCAUUUGAGGCCAACAGUUUAAAAGCAGAAUGGUCAACAUAGUGAGACCCCCUAUUUUUUUUUUUCCCUUUGGAAACAGAGUCUUACUCUAUCACCAGGCUGGAGUGUAGUGGCAUGAUCUUGGAUCACUGCAACCUCUGCCUUCCGAGUUCAAGCAGUUCCCCUGCCUCAGUCCCCAGUAGCUGGGACUAUAGGUGCAUGCCACCAUACCCAGCUAAUUUUUUUGUAUUUUAGUAGAGAUGGGGUUUCACCAUGUUGGCCAGGAUGGACUCAAUCUCCUGACCUCGUGAUCCACCUGCCUCGGCUUCCCAAUAUGCAGGCAUGAUCCACAGCACCCAGCCCUUCUAUCUUUUUUUAAUUAAAAAAAUAAAAGAAUAAAAUUGUGUAGCUUAGUAUAGUGUCAAUAUUAAUCUGUCUACUCACAUUUCUACACUCUAAAAAUGUAAUUAAAAGAAGGUUAUCUCUCUAUAAACCCAAUUUCUUUCUAUUUUCUUUGAAAAAACUAUGGAUUUGUUUUUGGCUAACGCUUGGGAUUAGCCAUUUAUUUGCCACCACUCACUUAGAAUCUAAUGCCUGUGUAGUGUCACAUUACUAAUGUUUUUUAAAUACAUCACAUAAAGUAUGGUUUUCUGUUUCAUACAUCAGAGUCAACUUGUGUAUACAUUUAAAGAUUAUUUCAUUUUGAUGUCAUGAAGAAAAACAUGCUUUAUGUCUUAGACUUUUAACUUUUAAAUCUAAAACUUUUAGACCUCAGUUUUUCACUGUCAGAUUAAAUCUCCAUACCUGAAAAUAAGUUUAAGAUGCUUUUUUGCAAAUCAUCUAUUGAAUCAGAUUUAAAAUGAAGUAUGCAUUGAGUGUGCCAAGGAACUAAGUGGCCCAUAGCAGUAGUAAUAUUCAUAGGGUGCAAGAUGCAGCUUAUAAAGCAGCAGUUCUCAAACAUUUUGAUCUCAAGACCAUUUAUUUGUGUGAGCUAUAUAUAUUAUUAUUAUAUUAAACAUUAAAACUUUUAAAUAUUUAUCUAUUUAUUUAAAAAUAAUAGCUUCUGGCUGGACAUGGUAGCUCACACCUGUAAUCCCAGCACUUUGGGAGGCCAAUACAGGUGGAUCACUUGAGCCCAGGAGUUCAAGACCAGCCUGGGCAACAAGGCGAAACCCCAUCUAUAAAAAUUACAGAAAUUGAUCAAGACCAUCCUGGUCAACAUGGUGAAACCCCGUCUCUACUAAAAAUACAAAAAUUAGCUGGUCAUGGUGGUGCGUGCCUGUAAUCCCAGCUACUCAGGAGGCUGAGGCAGGAGAAUUGCCUGAACCCAGGAGGCGGAGGUUGCAGUGAGCCAAGAUCAUGCCAUUGCACUCCAGCCUGGGUAACAAGAGCGAAACUCCAUCUCAAAAAAAAAAAAAAAUUACAGAAAUUAGCUGGGUUCGGUGGCUCACACAUGUAAUCCCAGCACUUUGGGAGGCCAAGGCAGGCAGAUCACCUGAGGUCAGGAGUUUGAGACCAGGCUGGUCAACAUGGUGAAACCACAUCUCUACUAAAAUACAGAAAUUAUCCUGGUGUGGUGGUGCACACCUGUAAUCCCAGCUACUUGGGAGGCUAAGGGAGGAGAAUUGCUUCAACUUGUGAGGCAGAGGUUGCAGUAAGCCGAGAUGGUGCCACUGCACUCUAGCCUGGGCGACAGAGCGAUACUCUGAAAAAAAAAAAAAAAAAUUAGCUGGGCAUGGUGGUGCAUGCCUGUAGAUCUACUGGGGAAGCUGAGGUGGGAAGAUUGAUGUAGCCUGGAAGGCAGAGGUUGCAGCGAGCCAAGAUUGUGUCACUGCACUCUAGUUUGGGCGGCGGAGUGAGACCCUGCCUCAAUAAUAAUAAUAACAAUAGGCCGGGCACAAUGGCUCAUGCCUGUAAUCCCAGCACUUUGGGAGGCCGAGGUGGGCAGAUCACCUGAGAUCAGGAGUUCAAGACCAGGCUGGCUAACAUGGUGAAACCCCAUUUCUACUAAAAUUACAGAAAAUUAGUCGGGUGUUUUGGCACACGCCUGUAAUCCCAGCUACUCAGGAGGCUGAGGCAGGUGAAUAGCUUGAACCUGGGAGGCGGAGGUCACAGUGAGCCGAGAUUGCAUCAUUGCACUUAAGCUUGGGUGACGAGAGCGAAACUCUAGCUCAAAAACAAUAAAUAAAUACAUGCAUACAAACUUUUUUGAGACAGUUUUGCCCUUUCACCUAGGCUGGAGUGCAGUGGCACCAUCUUGGGUCACUGCAACCUCUGCCUCCCAGGUUUAAGCGAUUCUCCUGCCUUAACCUCCCAAGUAGCUGGGAUUAUAGGCACCUGCCACCAUGCCUGACCAAUUUUUCUAUUUUUAGUAGAGGUGGGUUUCACCAUGUUGGCCAGGCUGGUCUUGAACUCCUGACCUCAGGUUAUCUGCCAGCCUCGGCCUUCCGAAGUGCUGGGAUUACAGGCAUGAGCUAUUGUGCCCAGCCAGUUAUAACUUCUAAAACAUAGUAUGAUUUAGUGAGGAAAGCAGUGGGCUUUUUUUGUGAGUUACUUUCUGUCUUAAAAAAGAUAGAUGGGUUCUCGUAUCUUCUAGAUUCAAUCUGUUAUGCAGUCACAUAUCAUGUAGACUCUGGAAAACACCACUGUACACUUGUGAGAGAAUUAAAAAGAAGCAAAUAACACCUUAGUAUGAUUAUGAAAAACAUUUUGACUUCACAGCUCCCUGAAUGGGUCUCGGGAACCUCUAGGGAUCCCUCAGGUACGCUUUGAGAGCCAAUCUAUAUACAGUGAUGGUUCACAAUGAUUCUCAAGCCUUAGUUUAAGAAUCAUUUGGUUAGCUUUUCAAAAUGCCUAUUCUGCCACCUACCAAAAAGAUUCUGAUACACUGUAUCCGGGAUGGGUCUCAGAUCUCUGCAUUUUUACUCUCAAGUGAUUCUUAAGUAUGUGGUAAAGUACCAUUCUAAAGGAAAUCCUGUGCUAAGCAUCUACCCUAAGAAAAGAAAACCUGCAUGCUUUUACUAUGGACAGUGGAAGACUCCGCUGAAACCAGUUUGCUAGACCACUAAGUUUAUCCUUGUCACCCAGUUUACUCUUGGAAAGAGUCUGCUCCCUUUUAUCGCUGAACCAAUCAUGACAUAAACCUGUGCUUUAUCACCUGUAGCACAGCCAAGACAAGGCUGGAACAUUUAAUUAAGGUUUUUACUAAGGACUCGGGAAAAACAACAGGGAAAUAUCUAUGUAACUAGGUGACCUGACAUAAAAUCUAUCUUCUGAUUGUAGUCUAUUGUAAGAAAGCUGCUUUUCCUAGCUCCCAGCCUUCCAUGGGACAGAGGUCUUGUCUUUUUAUUAGGAAGAGAGGGAGGAUAAAGGAGAGUUUUUUCCUUUUGUCCUUUACCCUUAGAAAUGAACAGGUAUAUAAUAGACAAUAAAUAUUUAUUGUUGGUAGUGUUUACACAGCUGUGUUAGAGUGUCUCUUUAGUGAAACAAAAAUAAUGUUAAUUCUUACCAAAAAAAAAUGAGGCAGUGGUAAAAUCAAUGAACUUAUCUUUCUGAUAUAGAAAAUAACAGGAUGAUUGUCAAUACAUGUUCAGGAAUCUAAGAAAAUGUUUCAUUUAGGCCUAUCAUGUAGCAUUUUUAUUUGCAUAAUUAUAGUCAACAUAUGACUCUCCAUAUAGGAGUUUCUGAUUGAGAAUGUUUCUUGUGUAUUUAUAGAAAGCCUCUUUGGUAGAUUUUCCGGUUUAUAAUUAUUUAACCAGAAGACACACAGGAGGUUCUAUUGUAUGUACCUGUCAAAUACACCCCAGUAAGGGUCCUAUGGAGAAAGACCUGUCAUCAGCAAUAACCUUCAUUAUUCUAACUGUGAAAUGUUCAUUAAUGUGAAUAAUAUUCUCAAAGGUUUUCUACAAUGAGAAUCAUCCAGUGAAGCUUUUUACCUGAAAAUUUAAAAGUUGUAAAGUUGUUAGUUAAAUGUGUGGAAUUAUCAAAAGAUGUUGACUUUGGGAAACAAACUGAAUUUGCUAAGGGAAGGAAAACUUGAAAAUAAGCAUCUCAGAUAUGGAAUACAAUUUGACCUAAGCAAUUAUUUAAAAACUGUCUUCAGUUUCUUGAAAAUAAUUGUUAGGGCUGAUAUAUAGAAAUACACAUCUAGGCCAGGUGCAGUGGCUCACACCUAUAAUCCCAGCACUUUGGGAAGCCAAGGCAGGCGGAUCACGAGGUCAAGAGAUCAAGACCAUACUAGCCAACAUGAUGAAACCCCAUCUCUACUAAAAAUGCAAAAAUUAGUUGGGCAUGGUGGCACAUUUCUAUAGUCCCAGCUACUUAGGAGGCUGAGGCAGGAGCUUGAACCCAGGAGGUGGAGGUUGCAGUGAGCCAAGAUCGCACCACUGCACUCCAGCCUGGUGACCGAGCAAGACUCCAUCCCAGAAAAAAGAAAUACAUAUCUAAUGUUACAGAUUCUGGUUUAUUAGUUAAUUACUAUGCACUUGUUCUGUUAAAAAAAAAAACCUUAUUUUGUAUACUUCUCUCAGUAUACUUUUUCAUGACAUUUCAGUGUAUUGAUAAUAUUGUAUGCAUCUACUUCAGUGCCUUAAAGUAUUUUGAGAGCAAUCUUUUGCUAACAGUUAAAGAACCGUUAAGAAUGAAAUACUGUUCAUUAAAAGGAUUAUUGAAAUCA